AUGAAUGACCAUACGCGGCUGAAAGUCCUUGUCGUAGGAAGCGAGCUAGAGGCUUUGAUAACAGCCGCAGCGUUGCAAAAACAUGGCCAUAUCGUGCAUCUUUUUGCCGAAGAUGUCUGCAAUGCCAGAGGACACAGUGGCAUAGUUCAUGUCACUCCAAAUGCCCAAGAAGUACUGCAAAGGCUUGGCAUCUGCAUUGAUGCAGACAUAACAACCCCUAUUGCUGAGGUUGAGGAGCGUUCGUCUUGCCAAAAAAUUUCAAUGGUUGAUGAAGCGCAAAUCUGGAUAAGACCUUGGGUACUGGUUCAGGAAACCCAACUCAGAAGAAUAUUGCUAGCUCAGAUCUCAACGGAGACAGAGUCAAUGGUGAAAGUGGAGAUCAACACAGCGGAGAUUCGAGAACUCAACCUUGAGGAAACGACACUUACCACGAACAACGGAAUUCUAAUAAGUGGCGAUGUCAUAAUCGGGGCUGACGGCACUCGCUCCCCUGUGAGAAUUAAAUCCGGCGAACGCUUCGACGACGAAAACGCCACUGCUGUAUGCAUUGCCCAGGCACGCAUCGACAAAGAUCAAUUCAAUCUUCACAUCGACCCUCAACAAUCUAGGGGAUCUUCGCAGAUAGUCAUUGGCUCAGACUGCAAUGGAUCGCGACUUGUCGCUGUCACGGCACCGGAUAGCUCGUGCUACGAUCUGGUAUCGCUUCGUGGAGCCGAAGUGGUUGGAAACGUCGGUUUUGACCUGCCCGAGCGCUCAAAACGCACAGAAGCGUCGGAACAACGGACGGACAUUAUGGACAUGGCUGGGUCAAGCGUAAAGCGUGAACAACUCUCAAGGACCAUCCCCCUUUUCACCCAUACAGGAACAUCCUGGGCACUUGUCGGAGGAGCUUCCUGUCCUAUUGUACCGCUUCUAGGCCUUGAUACUAGUCACGCAAUCGAGGAUGCGGCCGCCCUCGCAGUCGUUUUGUCGGACCUGGAUUCACGGAAUGACAUACCGGAUCGACUGCAACUGUACGGCAGCAUACGACAAGAUCGAGUAACCGAGAUGCAAGAGUUCUCAUUCGACUUUUCCCUUGGAAUGACACCAAGCGACGUCGGGAUAAAGCCGUACCUGUCAAAGUUCUUCUCGCACAACGAGUACGACCAUACGGUCCAGCGUUUGAGGUCGUACAAAUGGUCACUCAGGCCAGAUCUUUACUGGCGCAUGCCGGUUGAUUUCGGGCCCUUGCCAGGCCCUCGACAACGUCACAACGGAGACGGUUUCACAGCUCAGCACUCGUCGUUCAGGUCCGCCAUUGUUCGUUUCAAAACAGAGCGGUCAUUGCUUCCAAAUCUUCUACCACUCGAUCGAAGGAACUUUCGUUUUGGGACUGCGGGCACAGUCGCAUACGCUUCCUUUAUGCAGCAUACCUUUUCGAAUCUGGAUUGGCUCGGCGGAGGUGGAUACCAUUUGUUGGGAUUCUACAUUCAUGGUGUGGAACAUGUCAGUUCCAGUGGCGAGGUCCUCACGGGCACAUAUAUUCCGGUUUUGUUCGAGUCCCUGGCUGAUCCAAUCUUGUCUGGCAGAGAGGAGCUUGGCAUGGCGAAACUUUUCGCAUCCAUCGAUGUACACAGACGGGCAGAAAGCCUCAGCGCCAACGCCAGCUGGCAAGGGGCAGUCUGGGGAAACUUCGCCUGGACGGGACUCAAGGAGCUUGACCUGCCUGAGGAGGCACCAAGUGCGGCAAAAGCUGAAGACGGUGUGCUUUGCUAUAAAGUUAUGCCUCGCGUGGGAAAGAGGUCAGAUGAGCCAGCUCAGCCACCUGAUGCCGAUUAUCCGGUACUCAUACCCUCGGUCGACAAGUCGUGCAAACCCAUCAUCGAUAGGAUGUGGAAAGCAAGAGAUGCUACUGUUCAUCUUGACAAGUUGGACUGGCAAGCUCUGCCAACAAUGCAUCACAUCAUUGAAAGACUGCAAGAGCUGCCUAUUCUAGAAGUUGUUGAUGCUCGAGUCCUUGAAGGACGCGGUGUAUCCAGUGCUCCUCUAACGCGAGUCAUCGAUUAA